CUCCGUCCAUUUCAAAUCAAUGUGUUGUUCGUUGGUUUGGCCGCGAAAAUAAAUUACGAAAGCUGUAAAAUAGUUCAGUAACAAAAUAGAAUUCUAUGGUUUUCAUGAGCAGGAAUUUUACUCUACACAAUGGCUGCUGAUCUCGAUCUGACAAAAAUAUCCUUAGACGAUCGGCUAACGCACAAGGUUUGGAAAGCGAGGGUAAAUGGCUACGAAGAACUUGUGCAGAUAUUUAAAAGGACAGAUGAUGAGACGAGUAGCGAAUUCUCAAAGUACCUUGGGUUUAUGAAGAAGAUGGUUGUGGACAACAACGCCGUUGCACAAGACAAGGGGCUCGAAGCAGUUCUAGCUUUUCUUGAAGGAGCGGCCCCUUCAAUAAGUGGAAGGGUUGCUGGUGACGUUAUAUGUGGAUGUAUCACCAAAUGUCUCAAUGCACGGACAAAGACAAAAGAAAAAGGAAUUGAAAUUAUUCUUAUGUAUGUAGAAGUGGAAAAACAAGAUAUAGUCCAGGAAGAGUUAUUAAAAGGUCUUGAGAAUAAACAGCCCAAAAUAGUAGCUGCAUGCAUUAAUGUCUUCACGCAAAUCAUAAGUUUAUUUGGUGGCAAGAUUUUCCUUUUGAAGCCUAUUGUUAAAGUCUUGCCCAAACUGUUUGACCACAGUGAUAAAUCUGUCCGUGAGGAGGCCAAACUUCUGGCAAUAGAAAUUUAUCAAUGGAUCAGAGAUGCAUUGAGGCAGCAAUUACAGAAUAUCAAACCUGUCCAGUUGAAAGAACUUGAUGAAGAGUGGGGUAAGCUACCUCCAGCCCCCCCUGCACCCACUAGACUAACCAGGACGCAGCAGAAGAAGCUUGAAGAGCAGCAAGCACAGGGAAUUUCUGAUGCUCCUUAUGCUGCUGAUGAAGAUGAUGGGGGAGCCGUGGCAGAAACAAUAGACAUCGAUCCUUAUGAAAUGAUGGAUGCAGUUGAGAUCCUGUCAAAGCUUCCUAAAGAUUUCUAUGAGAAUUUGGAGGCGAAAAAAUGGCAGACUAGAAAAGAAGCUUUAGAAGCACUUGAGAAGCUGGCCAGCAACCCCAAACUUGAGGGAGGGCAAUACGGGGAACUUAUGUCAGCCUUAAAAAAGAUCAUCAGCAAAGAUGCCAAUGUGAUGGUGGUCACAUUGGCUGCAAAGUGUGUGGCGUAUCUAGCCACUGGCUUGCGUAAGAAGUUCUCUGCCUAUUCUGCUAUGAUGGUAUCAGCCAUACUCGAUAAGUUCAAGGAGAAGAAAACUACUGUUGUAACAGCUCUCAGAGAUGCCAUAGACGCUGUCUACCUAACAACUACCUUACCUGCAAUGCAGGAAGACCUCUUGGCUGCCCUAGAUAAUAAGAACCCUAGCAUCAAGGAAGAAACUGCCAAAUUCUUGACUCGCACAUUCUGCAAGAGUGUUCCUUCACAAGUGCCCAAAGCUUUCAUGAAGCCAAUUUGUGCAAAUUUGGUCAAGAAAAUGGAUGACACCGCUGGUCCUGUGCGAGAUGCGGUUGCUGAAUCACUAGGAACCCUUACCAAGCUCAUAGGAGAAAAAGCGAUGACCCCUUACAUUGACAAGCUUGAUAAGCUCAAGGCUGACAAGGUGAAAGAGUUUGCAGACAAAGCCGAGAUCAAGGCAAAACCUGGAUCAGGUGGUGGUGGUGGGGGUGGAGAAGGUGCAAAGCCUGUUGCUGCUAGUAAACCUGCAGCUGCUGCACCGGCCAGUAAACCGGCUCCUGUCAAAAGGCCGGCUGCAAAGAAAGGUCCUCCAAAACCCUCAGGAGGGGCGUCAAAAGGGCCUCCGAAAAAGAAGCCUGCUGUUAAGGCCGGUGGCAAGAAGGCUGGUCCAUCUGCCACCUUCAAUGAAGUCAAAGAGCCUGAGUUGACAGAUGAAGACGUUCAAGCUAAAGCUGCCGAUCUUUUCCCUGCUGAUCUGUUGGAGAAGCUAGCUCAUACCAACUGGAAAGAGAGGAUGGCGGGUAUGGAGGAGCUCCACAAACUGGUGGAGAGCAUGGAUGACAAAACGAUGGAGUGCCAAGUGCUUAUCAGAGUGCUCGGCAAGAAACCGGGAUGGAAAGACAACAACUUCCAGGUACUCAAGUCAAAGUUUCAGCUGUGUGGGAUAAUCGCUGGCAAGGGGAAAACAUUCUCUAGUCGUAGUGCCGAGUACGCUAUUCCAGGACUGGUAGAGAAAAUUGGAGACAUUAAGCUGAAAGACGCCGUCAAAGAGACGUUGAUGAUCAUAUCCGAAAAGCUAAACCUGGGUUAUGUCAGUCUUAAGGUCUCACAAAUUGCUGGGGGACAAAAGAACCCUAAGGUUAUAUCAGAGUCUCUUUCUUGGCUUGGCAGUGCUCUCAAGGACUUCGGAUUCAAAAUUGACCUAAAGCCACAUAUUCAAUGCCUUAAGGAUGCUCUGGCUAACACAAACCCUGCCGUGCGAACUGAAGCCAUAUCUCUCAUUGGAGUGUUGCAUAUGUACGUUGGCCCAACAAUAAGGGUGUUCUUUGAGGAAGAGAAGGCGGCUUUGCUGUCUCAAAUCGAUGAUGAGAUUGCUAAGGUAAAGGACGAAAAACCUCCUGCACCCACCAGAGGACUGAAGCCUGCAGCUGCCGAUGGUGACGAUGAUGGUGAGGAAGGCGGGGACGAUGCAGGCGGAGAUGAGGAUGAUGGCAGCUCAGCAAAUCUCGAGGAUCUUAUUCCUAGAAAUGAUAUUAGUAAUGAAAUCAAACCUGACCUUAUCGAUAUGCUGGCAGACAAGAACUGGAAAGUUAGAGGCGAAGGCCUGCAAAAGGUUCAGGAGAUACUCGCUGCCGCCAAGUUCAUCACUCCUGACCUUGGGGAUUUGCCGUCUGCCUUGAAGGCACGUCUGGGAGACUCUAACAAGAAUCUGGUAAUUACAACCCUGAACAUCUGCGGCACGAUUGCUACGGCGAUGGGAGCGAAUGUGAAGAGACACUUUGGUACGCUUGGUCCCGCCAUGUUCAGCACGCUAGCUGACGCAAAGCCUCACCUUCGCGCUGCCGGUAUAACGGCACUCAACGCCUGGCACAAGGAGAUAGGCAUGGUGGCUUUCAUUGAAGGAGAAAUACUGUUUGGCGCACUUAGCACUGAGAACCCCUUCCUCAGGAUCGAGGUUCUGGGUUGGCUCGAGGAGAAACUCCCUGGGGAACAAAAACUUCCCCCAGCCCUCUCCACUAUAUUGCCGCCCAUGUACUCCUGCUUAGAGGACCGCAACGGGGAUGUCAGGAAGAAGGCGCAAGCUGCCGUGCCAGCGGUCAUGGCCCAUCUUGGCUAUGACGUCAUGCUCAAACAAGCCAACAAACUGAAGCCUGCCUCCAAGCCUGUGGUGGUUGGCAUACUGGAGAAGUUGCGAGGAACCGUCCCUGAGCCCGCGAAGAGCGCAACCAAGGCAUCCAGUAAAAGUGCUUCCAGCAAAACCGAAUCCGCCUCCACUACAAGCGCAACUCCCGCCGCGAAUAGCGGUCCAUCUAAACGCCCGAAAUCUGCGGUGCAGUCUAGUAAACAGCCAGCCAAAACGAGCAAAAAGAAGGCGAACGUUGAAGAAGAGACUGGACCUCCACUUAUUGCCAACAAUGAAAAAGACAAGAGGAUAAAAGAUGAGAAAGAUCUCAAGGUCAUGAAGUGGAACUUCAGUACGCCCCGCGAUGAGUUCAUAGAACAGCUCAAGGAACAGAUGAGCAAGUGCUUCAGUAAGACAAUCAUGAGCCAGCUCUUCCACCCGAACGACUUCAAACAGCAGCUGAAAGCCAUCGCUACACUCCAACAGUGUGUGGAAGGCGAAGAUGCGGAGUACAAGACUGAGGCUAUGCAGUCCCUUGACAUGAUCCUCAAGUACCUGACCCUGAGGUUCUUCGACACCAACACCACGGUGCUCAUCAAGUGUCUUGAAUUCCUGGUCGCCCUGUUCACCAUGCUGGCAGAGUCUGAUUACCAGAUGUUGGAGCACGAGGCGUCAAGCUUCAUCCCCUACCUCGUGACCAAGGUGGGCGAUCCUAAAGACGUUGUGCGCAAGAUGAUACGAAGCCUGUUUAAGUUGAUCACCAAGGUUUACCCAGCCAGCAAGAUGUUCAACUACGUGUCAGAGGGGAUCAGCUCAAAGAACUCUAAGACAAGAAUGGAGUGUCUGGAGGAGCUGGGCUGCCUUAUCCAAGUGUAUGGCAUGAACGUGUGCCAGCCCACACCUCCUAAGGCUAUCGCUGCCAUCGCCUCUCAAAUCGGUGACCGUGAUAAUGGAGUGCGAAACGCGGCACUGAAUGCAGUGGUCGAGGCUUACUUCUUGGUUGGAGAAACCGUGUACAAAUACGCUGGCAGGCUAAACGACAAGGACAUGAGUCUUCUUGAGGAGCGCAUCAAAAGGUCGGCCAAGAAUCGUCCGUCCACUGCGGCUGCCCCAGAGGAACCUAAACCGGUUGCGAGACAGCGAGGUCCAACCGCCGACAACGAUAAGAAACCGGCAAAAGCUCAGCCUGUAGCGAGACCCGCAACUGCGCCUGCCCUCAAGCGUGACGACAACAUUAAGCGUGAGUUCGCUCUGGACUAUGACACCAUCGAGGGCGGCUCGUCAGAAGCGGAUGUUUUCGUCCCAAAUCUGGUCUCGCACGAGUCUGUCGAAGACUUGAUCAGCGAGCCUAUACAGCGACCGACUACCAAGACGCCUUCUUCGCCUCACCUUGGCGUAUUUAGCCGGACUUCAGCACCCGCUGCCCUCAAUUACGUCAUCUCACAGAUCGCCAGCAAUGACAUCAUGGCUAGCACCCAGGCCCUCGUGCAACUCGAGGUCGUCCUUCGAAAUAAGUCUGAUGGCGCUAUCGUCAAACACGUCGAUCAGUUUUUAAACGCGGCUGCUCUUCAACUGAACAUAAUUCUGACAACACACAUCGGCAACGAGGAAGUGGACGAGCAAGCAGUGACCCGUCUCCUUAACUGUCUCGUGGACGCCAUCAUGUCUCUAUUCGCCAACCCGUCCCUUGCUGCCGAGGUGUCUCGCGACACCCUGAAGCACCUAGUCCAAAGCAUGUUGACCACCGUGCUGGAUGACAGACUGGUUAGCCUGAAGGAAGGGACGCAAAUCAUUCGCACUUUUAAUGUGUUGAUGGCAAAAAUCAUAGAUCGAACCAAUCCCACAGUUUGCAUGGGCGCCCUGAUCCGCUUGCUCCAGGACUCUGUCAAGAUGCUCCAGGAUCACGUCGGCAACUCGCUCAGCUCGCCUAAAUUUGUGGAGUUAAUAAUGAAGGGCAUGUGGAAGAUGGUCCGUAGUCUUCCUAAGACUAUCAAGGACGUGAAUGCGGAGCUGGUUCUCCUGGACAUCCACAAGUUCCUGGUAGCCCACCCCCCUCAGGUGUGGAGGUCGCGUGCUGACGACACUCCUCUUAGGACCAUCCGCAGUGUCCUCCACUCACUCGCCAAACUGAAGGGCAUCGACAUCCUGGGUUGCACGAAUCUCAUCGAAGACGCUGAGCAAAGCGAGGUGUACGGAUACCUGCACAAGGCACUCAAGACAGGCUACAAGCCGCCGUCCACAAGCGACCCGAUCAACAACAGUACGGAGGAGAGCAAGAACGAGAAGAACGGGCAUGCCGUGCCGCCCCCGGACUUGCUGGAGGGUGUACAGGGAUCCAGGGGUACUUCAGUAACGAAGCUGAACGAAAAGCUCGCCGAGAUAUUCAGAAUGAUUGCGUCAAAAGAAAACACCAGAGAGGGUCUAGCUCAACUGUACGAUCUCAAGCUACGGUACCCACAGGCGGACACCGACCCCUUCCUCCAAAAGACCUCGCCCUUCUUCCGUAACUACAUCGAGAGAGGGCUGCGAAAUAUCGAGAUGGAACGCAAAGGGAAGAAGGGUGCGAACGAAAACACGUCUUCUAGCAGCACGGUGAUCAGUAAUCCACCAGAGGUCCCCCAGCAGGCCGGCGAGGGUCCCGCGGCAUACAUGGACAGACUGCGCAUACUCAGAAUGAAAUCGGGCCUCGGCAAUAACACCAACAUGGACGCCACCAAGGACCGGGAGAACAACCAAAAGCCCAUCUCGCAGGAACCGACCGAGGAAAACAAAAACUCCGACACAGAGAUCUCGGCAAGCAUAACAACGCAGUCAGACGAAAAUCAAAGCGUAAACGACCCAUCUAAUAUACAGGACAUUAAACGUCGACUGGAGAGAAUAAAAAUGGCGGCUAGAAACUAGUGGCGGGAACUUGGUUCGUCACUUUGUAUAUAGCACCGUCCGGGCGAUAUUGUACAGAGAGACUAGCCCGGAUUCGUGGGCCGCCUGUGGCAUGAAAGCUUCGAUCACGUGACUUUUCAAUUGUAGUUGAGAUUUGAAUACUGAAGUUAUGAAGAACCUUCGAGCAUCAAGAAAUUCUGCUGAUUUCUAACGCUGAACGAUGUUAGUCUGAACAGGCUGCUUGCAGAGAUUUUGUAAAGAAAAUGUUAUAGUUGUCAAAAGCUAUGUUGCGUUUAAAAAAUGUUCGCAACGGUGUCCUGAUAAGGGUUUAGUGUGUAAACCUACUAGAAUUUUAGUGUACAAAAUAUAAAAAUUCCAGUUUACA